AUGAUAAAAGCAAAAAAGAAAUAAUAAUAAAACAAGAUGGAGUAGUUGAUUCAAAAUAAGAGACAAGAACAUCUAGAGUUAUUGAAUUAAUUGGAGAAACUGGAAAUUUAAUAACCUUCAAAAGACAUACAAUUAAUUUAGACAAUUACACAAUAACAAAAAAAGGAAUAAGAUAUUGAGAUCAUAGCAGCACCUCAAUUAGUUUCACCGAAAUGGUUAAUGAAUUUAAAGCCAACAAUGACAUAUGAAUGCGAUGUUGUAGUUUAGGAAGAGAGUGAAUUGGAUUAGAUUGUUAAGCAUCAAUUGAAGGAGAAGAUCUAAAAGCAGAAAGAAAUGCAAUAACAAGCUUAUUUGGAAUUGAUAAAUGAAUUAGACUUGCAAUCAAAACAUCAUGCAUAUGACGAGAAAGUAAAAGAAGAUUUCAAAUGCACUUAUCAAUAUUUGAGUCAGGGGAGAUUAGUAAGUAUUGACAUCAAGUAUUACGAUUUCUUAAAGUUAAAUCCUCAGAAUUAUGUUAAUGACACUAUAAUAAACUUUUUCUUAAGAUUCAUUGAGAAUGAUAUCUUCAAAAACAAAUCUCUACUUAUUUACAACACUUAUUUCUGCACUCGACUGUUAUCGUUUCAUGCAGAAUACAAACAAAUUUAUGCUCAAUACUUAUAAAACAAUUAAAUGCUAUAGAGAUGGACAAAAGAAAACAUCUUUAUGAAAUAAUAUGUAUUGUUCCCUCUGCAUUUACGUGAACAUUGGGCAGUGAUAUUUGUAGUGAAUCCAUUGCAAGUUUGCGAACAAUUGUGUAAUAAUAACUAUUAAUUGAGUAAUGAUGUGAAUAAGAAUGGGUAUUUAAUCUAUUUCGAUUCUCUUCUUGUAUAGGAUUAAAGGAUUGGAAUACAAAUUAAGUUUUAUUUGAUGCAUGUCUAUAAUCAAGAGCACAAGAGAUAUACUGAUGAUUAGAUCUAUGAGAUUGUGAUGAGAUCAACUUUUCCUGUGCACUAGCCUAUAGUACCAAGAUAAACGAAUCUAGUAGAUUGUGGAUUGUAUAUGUUGGAGUAUGUGGAGAGGUUUUUAAUGAAUCCCUAUUAAAUUCUUAAUAAUUUGGAGUAGGAUCACUUGAAAUGGUUUCCCAAAGUGAUGAUUUUUAUUAAACGCAUAUUAAUUAAAAAAAUAUUAAAUGCCUUAAGUUCUGGAUAAAAAGAUUAUGCACUUAGAUACCAGGAAAAUUGCAGAAUGAUCGAUCAACAAUUCACUGACUCAAAUCAAUACGAUUAUAUAGAUGAAUAACUACUCGAAUAAUUGUAAGUACCACGCCUACAAUUUCAUUUAAGCGAAGAUUAUAAUUACUAUUAUGAUGUUUCGCCUAGUGUUGGUGUGUGA